GCUACGGUAGUAGUAGGCGUACGUUUCUCGCGCGCGCACACCGCGACUGCCGCUCAUUCGCGUAAACGGUGGCGGUUGGCCCAUUAGUGGUUAGCGGCCAGCGGACGGUGGGUGAUAGUUCGUUGCCCAUGAAAAGGUGGGCUUCGAUUGUGGUGUAGCUUUCAGAUCGUUCGUUACAGAUUCAUCAUUACAGUGCACAAGAAGGUGAACCUGUAGGUUCCAAGAAAAGAUCCACGAUUCAGCUAGUGUGAAUGAGGUGAUAACGAAAUGAAAUCAGAAAAAUACAGUGUAAACGUUACGUUUAGUGUAGUUGAAGUGAAAAUUGCGCCCAAGCACGUGUUUUAAAUAGCGCAAAGCGAAGUGUGGAUGCCAUGUGAUGCGAAGCGAGAGAAAGGGCUGCUUUAUUGGUGAUCGUGAUUAGUGAGAAAUAUCACAGCGGCCGCCCUACAACCAAGCGGCUUAACGGGCGAUCUGUAUCGAACGAUCGAAAUCGAAGUCCAUCCGCAACACCAAGCAGUAGUGUGGCUAAUGAGCGAAAGCAACGGACGCCGCUGCCCGCGCCAACUACCAGCACUGCCCAGUUUGGAGUGUCGUCCGAGUGAAACGUUCCCGCACGGUGGUGCUGCUGUUUGAUGAUAAUGGCGCCAGGAAAAUGGUGGCACUGGAGCACACGCCGUGCCUACGUUGCGUGUCUUAUCGGUAUUGUACUCACCCUGUGUCAAACGAUACCACACGCCAAAGGUCAAAGGGAUAAUGGUUCGCUGGUGGUGGUGCAAGCGUUACCACCAUCGUACUUUAGCGUUACAAUGCCUACUGCAACGGAACCGUUGCUGCGACACAAGGCAUCGACCGAGCCCGCAGAGCUGUCGGAAGAAAGUUUCACCUCGGAGAGUAGCUUCCUGUCGAGCGAAGAUGUCUCCAGCUCCAAUAACUCACAGCCGGAUCAUCCAAACAGUUCGACUGAAACUUCUUCCAGCUCACAAGAAAUGGAAGGGUUAAGUGCUCAAAGUGCAGAAGACGCUCAACAAUCGAUGGUAGUUACAGCUGCCAGUAACAAUCAGUAUGAAACGAGUUCAAACACAUCGCCAAAGCUGCUGACGGAACCGACGGAAGAUCAUCUCAUUGGAAAUGUCACCACCCGUCCAAUGGUAACUAACGCAACAACAACAACACCAGCAUCGAUUGCAGAGGAUGCAACAGAGUUCCAAAGCACGGAAAGCAACUGUACCGGCCGUCCGUUCAUAGACCUGGCUCGCACUGGCAAUUUGGAGCGCUAUCGGCAUCAGCGGACGUUUGCAUCGGUACCAACGAUACGGGCGGAAAGGAGCCAGCGUACAUCGGAGCCCCAGGUACAGCUGCUCAGUGCAAGAAGUGGUGCUGGACAGGAGCUACCUCCGGCCAGUGGUGAGAAUGAGGACGUGGAGCUACAUGCAGCACAGUACGGCUACCGGAUGUAUCGGCUCGAAGGUGACCUGAUGCUAACGGUGAUGAUGGAGACGGAUGAUUUUGGGGCAACGCUGCUAGCGAUCGAUCGCAUCAAUGACCUUCGACUGUUGGCCAGCGGGGGAGACGCUAGUAUAGGUUUGAACAUCAUUCACCUCCUCAACAUCUCCCUCAGCCAGCGAACACUCCAGCAGGAAGUGAACAUCCUUAAGGAGUGUUCCACCAACACGAUCGGCAUUUUCGUCAGCCCGCGGCUCUGGCCCUCGGUGCGGCUGCUGUCCGAAACGCUGGAUUACAACAUCUUCCCGCUUCCGUCGACAAACGAUGCCCUGUUCACCAAAGCGGCCCACCUGCUGUACGAGCUGCCCUGGACGAACGGCAACUCGUCCGCCAUGGUGUACUCGGGCUCGAACGAGCUGUCCACCCGCUUCAAUGCCAUUUGCCGGCACGAGCAUCUCUGUCUCGAGAACUACCCCAGCAGCGACACCAUCUACAUCCAGCUGGGCCUGGAACCGGCCAUCAGCUUUGCCAUCAACGGUACGCUUGUGCUCGUCCUCACCGCGCACGAUCGUUUGUAUCUUCCUGAUCUUCCUGUUGGUGCUUACGUGAUUGCGGAAGCAGAGCUGAAUGUGGCCUCGCUCGGUCACUCCUGGGAACGGUACGGCACCAGCAUCCGCGGCUCGGAACUGCUCGUCACUGGCGGGCUGUUGCUGGAGGUGAUCGAUCUGCUGAACCGCCCUGGAAGCGACUGUCGCAAUGCCAGCAUCGAGUGUAUGAACAAUUGGAAGUAUCAUGCGAAACGAUCAAGCACGGAGGUACUCAACCAUCUCCAGCUGAAGAAUGCCACCCAGUCGAUUAAGUUCGAGCUGCGGCAGAAACGAACCAUCGUGCACGUUCGUGCAAACGAUACCGAGCCAGCAGCCACCGCCGAUGCGGAUCCAGACGCGACCGAGCUGAAGUUAGUCGCCAGCUCGAACGCGAUCACCAACUACACGACCGUGUACGGGCGGCUAGCGACCAGCCCGGACGCACCGUCGAAGCUCGGCACGAUCUUUUACUGCGCGAAAGAGUUCGAAAUACGCCAUCCGGAUUUCAUCGAGCGGCACCAUCGGCCCCCGGUGUACUACGGCACGUCCACCGACGCGGAGGAGUACGGCGACAUGUACUGGCAGCUCAAGAUGGAGGCGUGGGUUGCGGCCGGCCUUACCGUAUCGUCGCUGGGCAUACUGCUCUGCGCCGCGAUACUGAUCUUUCUGAUCGUGCGCGUCUGCAUGGACGACAUCCUGGAGGGGCACCCGCUCGGUAGCAUUUUGUUGCUGAUAAGCUUGAUACUGCAGUUUGCCGCCUUCAUACCGUUCAGCCUGGAGUACACGGGCUACACGACGGAUCUGGCGGGCCAUCGGACGGACACGAUGCUGACCUGGAACGCGCACUGCACGGUGAAGAUCUUCCUCGUGUCCAUGUGCUACUGCAUGACGUUCUCGCUGCUGCUGUGCCGUGCGAUCAUGCUCGCCUCGAUCGGCAGCGAGGGUGGCUUCCUAUCGCAUAUCAAUGGCUACAUCCAGAGCGUCAUCUGCGGCUUCAGCACGCUGGUGCAGCUCGGGCUGUCCACACAGCUCGUGAUCGUGCUGCACGCGAACGCACACAGCAUCUCCUGCGGCGAGAUUUACUACGGCCACUGGUUCUGGGCGGUGAUUGCGUACGACGGUGUGCUGCUGGUGUCGCUCAUCUUCCUUGCGCCGUUCAUUUUCCGCUCGCAGCGCAACUACCGGGAGGGGCUGCUGCUCGUCACGGGAUCGGUGCUGUGUUUGGUUAUCUGGACGGUUUGGAUUCCGCUCUGCAUGUUCGGGUACGAAUGGCGGGAAGCGGCCAUUUCGCUCGGCAUGGUUGCCACUGCGCUGGCCGUGCUGGUGGGUAUCAUGAUACCGCGCUGCUUCCUGAUGGUGCGCAGCAUCGCACGAUCGGAUCUGGUGCAAGCGCUACCCUCGCUCACGUCGCUCGCCUUUGCCCAAGCAAAUCAGUUCAUUUCGGACCAGAGUGUCUAUGAAUGCGUCAAUCCGGCAAUGCGCCAACGAUCACCCACGGACGAUAGUUUCGUGAUGGAUCAGGACCUCGACGAGGCGUACUCGGCAAACAGCGAAAUUCCAACGCUACCACUGCGGGGCCAGCGACGCUUGCGGCAGGAAAAUGGCACCAUUACCAUGAGCACCAGCAAUGGCACGAUUGGCGGCAAUCAUAAUGGCACGCUCGUAUCUCCGAUGGAUCGACCGGUGGGCAACGUGACCCACAUAGCACCCAACUUUUACGGCAUCUCCAAUCCGUACAGCUGUUCCGACUCGAUCACAUCCAUUUCGCCGAACAAAAUUACCCGAUUCUAGAGCGUUCUAGCAGAGCUCCGCUACACUACACAGACUCGGUGCAAUCGCAUACAUUCUAGUCAUAAAGAGGAAGCAAAAAAAUCCAACCGAUGUUUUUUUACACAUCGUUGCACCGUUAAGUUGGUGUUUCUGCGUGGCGCGCGCGUGUGUGUGUGUUUUUUUAACUUUCAUCACCGUGAGAGACAAUGUUUAUUUCCAUGUACUGAACUUCGAUAUCUUUCGAUGUUUUAUUCCGUAAGCUUAAUGUAAGAAUUAAUUUAUUGUAAUGCAAACAAAAUAAAAAAUGGACACACGAAACAAGAACAAUGACAACCGUA